CACAUGAUCAGUAAGUGGUUAGGGAUUCAGAAGGGAUCGGGGUAACCAGACAACAUUCCUGGACGAGAUGGACUUGAAUUCGAGUUGGACCUUUUGUGGGGGGCUGGAGUGAGAAAAGGCAGAGCAGUAGAAUCAUUCCUGGAUGCCAUUGCUAGAAGUCCCACACGGCUGAGGUGGGAUCGUGGUGGGUAGGGUAGGGCAUAGAUUGGAGACGGCCUUGAAUGCCACUCUAAGGACUUCGGCUUGAUUCUGUAAGUACAGUGGGAUCAUUGGGAGUUUUUGAGCAGAAGGGAUGUGAGCCAAGAAUUCCUUUAGAGAGACUAAAUCAGGCAAGGGUCCGUGCUAUGAAUUUAAUUGAGAGUCUUACAGACUUGAGAUGAUGAAACCCUCCCCCAGGCUGGGGACAGUAGGAUAUCUCCAUCAAACGAUCCAUUCCUGUGGAUUUUUGUAAAAUUGCGCUCAAUGUGCCCAGCUGCCUCUGUACUAUAAGACAGUGAUAACACAUUACUGUGUGCUUCUUGGAAGUAGCCUCAUUCAUUUAGAGCCCCACAGUUUGUACAUGGGAUAGGCCCAGCUGUGGUGUAUAUGUAAACCUCAGAGAAUCUAGGUAACUUAGAGUAUAAAACCUGGGAGGAAUCUUAGAGCCCACAGGGUCCACCUGCUCAGCUUACCCGUGUGGAAGCUGGCCCUUGCUCAGGUUCACACAGCUCGUUAACGAUGGAUUCAGGGUGUGACCACAUCUCCUGACUGCCCCCCAGCAAUGCUUUCAAAGCCAGUCCAAAUUCUGCUUUGAGAUAUGUGUGCACAAAUUCUGGCAGAAUCCAGAAGAAUUUGGGCCCUAACUGAGACAAUUGAAGCUCCUUUCCUUAUUCCUCUCUGAGCGCCCCCAAGAGCCAGUCCCUGCCUGAGCUCCCACUUCGUUUCUGUCAACUCCUUGCCUCAAGCACCAUCUGCCUUCUGGUUCUCUGCUCACAUCCCCUUACUUCUUGUCUCCUGCCAUUGAUUGUGCUGUCCUCUUUGUCUGGAACCAUUUAAGGCCCCAGCUUAGGCUUCCCCACCUUCAGGAGACCCCCCAUGGCUUCAGUUGCUCCCCUAAGUGGACGAAAGUCUCCCUUCUUGGAGCUGCAUGCUACCCUGAUACCAGGGUGAGACUCCAUGAUGUCUUAUGAUUGCCUGUUUAUGUGCCUGCCUCCUGCCCUUCGACUGCGAGCUCCCUGAGGGCAGGGACUGUGCGUAUGCAUCACUGAACACCCAGCAUCUAGCCCAGUGUCUGGCACAUUGUAGGCAUUCAAAUGUCUGGUGAAUGAAUGAACGACACUUGCCUUCUUGGUGCAUCCAUUCAUUUAAUAAAUAUUUAUUGAGCAAUUACUUAUGAUCAGCACUGUAGUCACACUUAAAUGUCAAAAUAUACCAAUGCACUCAAGCUCCAAAUUAUGCAUGCAUAAAUUAUGCAUGUGGAGUGUUAACAUGCGCACGCAGCAGAGAUCCCAUACAUAUCUACAAAUACCAGAGCUGGCAAAUGCAGUAAACUGUGCACCAGCUGUCCCUGAAACUUACAAAGAACCGAGAAGAACCAAAAAUGACAGUUAGCUCCAUAAAUGCUAUAAAAGAAAAAUGCAAAAGAACAAAAGAAACUUGCGCAGAAGGAAGUGGCUAUGGUUUUUUUCUAUGCACUCGAGCCGGGGGUGGGGAAGAUUUAUAAAAGCAUUCUAUGCUGGGCAGGUUCAUGUAAGUCUGAGUUCCUCAGGGGCUGGCUCUUAGGAGCUGUUAGGAAAAUUCAUUGCCAUGCACGAGUCGGGGGCUUGUUUUUCAUCCCACUGGAAAUUGUUCAUGGGGAUCGCAUUAGCAGCCCUUUAUCGCUUUGCCUGAUAGAGAGACAGCAGGUUCACCCAAGCAAUUCUGGAACCCUGAUCACUGCCAAUUAGGGGAGCAUUGUCUGGCUGACAUAAUCAACUUCACGGGACAACAUGGAAGCCAUCGCCAAGUUUGACUUCACCGCCUCAGGGGAGGAUGAACUGAGCUUUCACACUGGAGAUGUUCUGAAGAUCUUAAGUAACCAAGAGGAGUGGUUCAAGGCGGAACUUGGGAGCCAAGAAGGAUAUGUGCCCAAGAAUUUUAUAGACAUCCAGUUUCCUGAAUGGUUUCACGAAGGCCUCUCGAGACACCAGGCAGAGAACUUACUCAUGGGCAAGGAGGUCGGUUUCUUCAUCAUCCGGGCCAGCCAGAGCUCCCCCGGGGACUUCUCCAUCUCCGUCAGGCAUGAGGAUGAUGUUCAGCACUUCAAGGUCAUGAGAGACAACAAGGGUAAUUACUUCCUGUGGACAGAGAAGUUUCCAUCUCUCAAUAAGCUGGUGGAUUACUACAGGACGGCUUCCAUCUCCAGACAGAAGCAGAUCUUUCUGAGGGACAGGACCCGAGAGGAUCAGGGUCGCCGGGGCAGCAGCCUGGACCGGAGGCUCCAGGGAGGCCCACACCUCAGUGGGGCCGUGGGAGAGGAAAUCCGGCCUUCGAUGAACCGGAAGCUGUCAGAUCACCCACCACCGGCUCCCUUGCAGUAUCCCCCGGCACCGCCACCACAGCAGCAGCGGUAUCUGCAGCAUCCCCAUUUUCAUCAGGAACGCCGUGGAGGCAGCCUUGACAUAAACGAUGGACACUGUGGCAUGGGCGUGGGCAGUGAAAUGAACGCCGCCCUCAUGCACAGGAGACACACAGACCCGGUGCAACUCCAAGUGGCUGGGCGAGUGCGGUGGGCCCGUGCACUGUACGACUUCGAGGCCCUUGAGGACGACGAGCUGGGGUUCCGCUGCGGAGAGGUGGUGGAAGUCCUGGAUAGCUCCAACCCGUCCUGGUGGACCGGCCGCCUGCACAACAGACUGGGCCUCUUCCCCGCCAACUACGUGGCACCCAUGACCCGGUGAAGCCCUUCUGAGCAGUCAGAGGCUCUCAUCUGAAGCUGCCUGCAAGAGAGGGGGCAAGGAAGAAAAGCUCGGACUAUGUUUGCGUGUACAUAUGUGUGUGUGUGUCUACACAUCUACACAUAGAGAUAUGCCUAUGCAUACACACAUUUUACAAUAGUAAUUUAUUGGCAAUUUAGUUGGUUAAUUAGUUGAUAUGAAAGGAACUCAGGUAGGGAAUUACAUUCGUACUUGUUUUUCUACUCCCCUCAGCGGCUGUGCAUGCAGAAGGCAGUGGGGAGUUGGGAAGCACGGGGCAGGGAAAUGAAACUGAAAUUCUUCCUGUCCUUAAGAUGGCACCGCUUCCUCCUUGUCUGGGGAAUUUUCACGGAAAGGAGCUAAGCAGAAAUCCACACCCUGGCAUUGGACCAGAACAAGAGGGUGGAGUUGGACCUGGACUUGGUGGGGCAUGUUCUGGCUCACCUGCAGGCCCUGCUCACCUUGAGGGUUUGUAGGCGGCUUUCCUCCUGUUCUCCUAGGGUGGGCACCACUGGAUUGAGAAUUAAGGUGCAGCCACACAAGUCUGAGCUGGGAGCCGGAAGGGGUGUGCAGGCAGGACUAGAGCAGCCGGUGUCCCGACGCCUGGGCAAGGCUGGCCUCCUGGUCGGUGCUUAGCCGAGACCUUCAUCUCGCUCAAAAGAAUGUUCCUCAGCUAAUCCUCUUCCUUGUGGCUGACACGGAGAAACAGAGACACUGUGAGGAGCCCAGAUCUGGAAAUGGAGGGAUUUUUCACAAACCUCUCCGCGGCUACUUGGGUUUAACCUCCGUUCCCCUGGCUUCCAAGAAAGAAACAGCCUAGAUCCUGUUAAGUGCCUGGAGAAGCCCUGCCCCAGAAUGUGGAUUUUAGAGCCAUUGUUUUAUGUUACGAGCGUGUCUCUUUGGGGCUCUAUUUGUUUUUCCUCUUGGUUUUCUGUGUUUUGAAGAUGCUUUGCCAAGUGGCACAGUGAGAAGUCCACUCCACAAGAACAUUGACUAGCAAUUGGUUGAUUGAUUGACUGAUUGAACAUGCCCCUGGGAGGGAGCUGAGAUGAACUUCCUGUUCCAUCUGACUGUUGGGCCACUGCUGGUACCACGCCUCCCCCUGCCCCCCCGGAACUCUAUUGCCGUUGUGUCUCCUCCUCACCUAGAAUAGAAUGGUUGUCCUAGGGCUCACCCUGCGGGCGUGAAGCACAGGCCAGCUGGGCUGGGCAGAAGGAAGCUCAGCGUUUUAGUGGAGGCUGGGAGCAAACAUGUCUGCACCGAGGGCACUUAGGAGGGUGUGUGUGUACCAAGACAUGAAAGAAAGGUUUGGGGUGAAAGUGUUGGUGAGGGAGCACAGGAGUGAGUGGGGCCUGUUCCUUGUCCUCUUCCCCAGUCCUUCCAGCUCUAAGGAGGGACAGGGGCAGCCAUUGUCGCAUUAUCGCAGGUAAAAUAGGAAGAGUUUCUGACUCAGAAGUAACUGUCAGCGUAACGUAGGCUCUGUCCCUUUGACACUGAAUCCUGCGAUUCUCUGAUCCCCACGUCGCCAUUAGAGAAAAAGGGAACAAGAAGGGCCUCUGUGGUGGGUCUUGGGAGGGGGGAGAAAAUGGCCUGAGAGAGGCAGGUGGGGGGGGAGUCGAGCAUGAGUGAGGAGCCUCUCGCAGCCUUUGGAAAUGAAAGCACAGAGAGGAAAAGGGAGCCCAGACCUUUCAAAAGAUCAAGGAGCAGCAUGAGAGACACAAAGGGAGGGAGAGGGAGCAGGAGGUUAAGCGGGACAGGCGAGGAAGACGUUGGAGGGCACAUCCGCAGCGAGCAGGCACGCAGGGCACCCAGGCAGGCGGAAGGAGGGAUCAGAGCAGAGCAGUGAGCACCGAGGAAGGCAGGGGUGGAGACAGGAGAAUAGGGAGGGAGAGAGCAAAGACAGAGGGGCCUCAUGAGCUAUUUUGGUGCUAGGUAACGUGAACAUGUUACGGUAAAUAAAAGCCAAAAGUAAUGUUUGAUUUUAUAGUAUUUACAAAGCAUACGCUUUAAACAGCCCACAGACUUCAUCCGUUUGUCUAAUGAUGUGGGAGGACCAGCCCCAGUGAAGGCAGAGGGAAAAGAUUUGAUUCCGGUCUGGGUUUUGUGCCUUGAAACACUUCUCAAGAAGCAGGAAUAAAACAAGUGCCCUUGUUUGCCAG